AGAGAGAGAGAAAGAGAGAGAGAGCAAGAGCGAGAGAGAGACAGAUAGACAGACAAAAACUAAAGACUUCAACAUACUUUUGUAUUUCCCUUGAGAGAAUUUACAUUAAAGCGAAGCUUUUUAAAUGGAUUUGCUUCGACUUUCAAUACUAAUACUUUACCUUUUUUCCGCAAACCACAGCAUUGAAUAUAUUAUUUCCAAUUUAAAUACUUUCCUAAUCUAUAAAUCUGUUAAAAAUAUUCUACAAUUUGUUAUAUUUAAACAAAUAGAGACCGCGUGAACUAAAAGUAUAAGAAUAAAUAAUGUACCCAGGUCUAGUUCUGUAGAAACAGUUUUUUUUGAUUCCAUUUAAACCCUACCCCUAUACUUUUCUAAUGCAAAAAUUUUGACUUGUUUGUUUCAUACAAAAGGCUUAUCAAUGAGGUUUUUCUUUGACUUGAAAAUAACUUUUCUUACAUAUUUUUCCUCUUUCUAGAGAAUUAAAGGCGAAUUGUAUGAAGUUGAUCAAAGUGUUUUAUUCACUCUGGACGAUUUAGAACGACAUCCUAUAUUUUAUGAAAGAAGCAAAGAAAAAUUUGAAAUGACUGAUUGCAAAAGAGAAAUCGAGGCACAGAUCUAUUUAGUAAAUGAUUUCAAAGAAGACCUUUUAAAGUUAAAAUUCUAUGAUAGCUAUAAAGUUUAUUUAGAAGAAGGGGAACAAUUAAAGAGUUUCUUCUUGAGAAAUCCAUUCUCAACGUACGAUCCGAGAACUGAUAUGAUAAACCACUGGACAAACAUGUACGUGGCUGUUGGAGGUCCUCCUUAUUCUAUUGUUUUACCUCAAGGUAUCUCUUUAGAAGAAUGUGGUGGAACCUAUCUGGGGAAGUUCACCUCGAAAGACAUAUGGAAGAUUUUAAAAAUUGAUGAAAGCAGCUUUUUUACAUGGAAUUCCGUUAAGAAAAUUUCUCACCAUGAUAAAGAAGCUGAUAUAACCACAUUGAGUUAUCUUGAUGAUGUAACCGCCUAUACACAUAUAAUUGGUGGCCUUUGGGCCCUAGAUGUUACAUUAUUGGAGAAAAUCGAUAAGAAAUUUGGAUUCGGAAAAGUAUCGAGAAGGGAUAGGUUGAGAGGUUUCCUGGAAACAAAUUAUGGUGAGAAAAAGCUUAUUACCACUCAAAUUUACGUUCUCAAUGCAAAUGUGGUUUUGGACGUAACGAGCAGCAAUAUAGCUUCGUUAACAAAUACAUAUUCUUCCAAAAACUUACAGAGCCAUGAAGAAGUUAUUAAGAAAAUAGCUAACAACGAAUAAUAAUAUUACACAAUGAAAGAACUAUAAGAUUUUUGUUAAAAACUAUAUAUUGCCUGAUUAAAUUAUAAAAAAAAUUGAUGUUAUUGCCUUCUUCUUUUCGCUCUUGUUGACAUACACUACGGCUUGUGACACCUACAGUAUAAGUAUGAAACUAAAGUAAUUUUGAUGCAAAGAAUAAGAAUUAUUUGAUACUAGAGGAGAAAAUAUAAAGCAAUAGAAUUAGAUUUAUUUUAAUAUGGAUCUGUGGAAAAACUGAAAGUUGAUGUAAAUGAAUCUUUACAAUAUUUUUGAGGUUUAUUAAUACUUUUACAUAUCAUUUGCAUUCAUUGAUUUUCUCAGCUACCAAUACUAAUACUAUAAGGUAUACUUUCAUCAUCAAUAAAUAGAUAUUGUGCCAUCAAACGACAAAGUCUACUCAACAGGACUAUAGAUGAAUGUAUUAAGUUGUUACGUUAACUAUUUAAUCAUAUUUCCUUAUAAUUUAUUGUUAAAAUGAAAGAUAUGAUUUAAUGAGAAAAUUUAAAGAAUAUUGUGUAAUCUGAAACGACAUUAAAUAUCUGACAGAAACUGUACGUAGGGAUUACUUAAAAAAUCUAUACUAUUUCUCGUCCUAAAAAUGUGUCAACAGUGAAAUUCGUAGUAUCUGAAUUUAGAUGAAACUAUUUCGUUAGUGUAUUGAUGAAUAUCGUCAAAUUUUUCUCUCACUUACUCUUUUU